AAUGGGAACAAUUACUAUUGGGAAUUGUUAAUGUUAAUGCUACAUUAAUUAUGUUUCUUGUGAUUGUUCAUGUGAUCAAAAUGAAAUACGUACAAAUAGAAGCAAUCGAUUCACAGAAUAAUCUACUAGAAAUCGUUCCAAAAAACGUUCUCCAGGUGAUUCAUCAGAUCGGCAAUCUAAGUUUUCUUCAACACGGAAACCAACUAGUCGUAGCAAAUCAUCUAACUCUGACAAAUCCAUUUACUUGCUUUCUGACUAUUGUAAUAUCACAACAGAAUCAUUAAAGUAAAAAAAGAAGCGUAAACCUCAUCCAACCUUCAUUAAGUCAAGAUCGUUAUACAUCUUUGAAGCUGAUACUGAUAAGAACCUUUCUAAUAAUGUUGAAUAGAGUUCCAAUCCACUUUCCUUAUCAGAUAUUGGAACUGUAAACAGACCUAAGAUGUAAAGUAUGGACAAGGGAGUUCUAAAAAAACCAACAGAAUAAGUUUAGUAGAAAAAAUAUGUCAAAUGGAAUCUACCUUAACAUUAUCUGAGAUAAAAUAAGCAAUAUCAGUAGGAAUUUUAUUCAUGAUU